CCGUGGCGUGGAUACUUUCGAUUCUGUGUUCAACCGACCGUUGGCGACUACAGUGCGCCGAGCGCUUUCAUGAAAACAAUCACUUUACUCAUUGUGUUUUAAGCUGUAUUUUCAAAAGGCCCUAGUUAUAUAGAUUCCAGUGUUCGUGAUAGUUUUUUGAGAAUGUGAAAUUUGUUUGCGUUGUGGAAGUGUCCUUUUUAUUCAGUGUUAUUUUGGAUUUUGUUUUGUUACGUCACAAGGGGUGAAAAUCGGCGCUCGUACCGAUGCUUUAGUGGCGCAAGUGGUUCGAUAAGCAGCCGCCAUGUCGUCUGUGAAGGUGGCGGUGCGGGUCCGCCCCUUCAACUCGAGGGAGAUAGCCAGGGAGUGCAAAUGCAUCAUCGAGAUGUCCGGCAAUACUACAGUUAUCGUGAACCCAAAAGUACCACCUGGCACCAAGGAGAGCGCUAAAAGCUUCAACUUUGAUUUCUCAUAUUGGUCGCACAAUCCCAGUGAUCCCGAGUUCUCGUCGCAGAUUAUGGUCUACAAAGACAUAGGGGAAGAGAUGUUACAGCAUGCUUUCGAUGGCUACAAUAUAUGCAUUUUCGCGUACGGGCAGACGGGCGCGGGCAAGUCCUACACCAUGAUGGGGCGGGGCGAGGACGGCCAGGAGGGCAUCAUACCGCAGAUAUGCAAGGAUCUGUUCCGGCGCAUACGACAGACCACGUCGGAUGAUCUUACUUACUCGGUGGAGGUCUCGUACAUGGAAAUCUAUUGCGAACGGGUCAGAGACCUAUUGAACCCUAAGAACAAAGGGAACUUGCGUGUACGCGAGCACCCAGCACUCGGACCUUACGUGGAGGACCUCAGCAAACUAGCUGUUAUGUCCUAUCAAGAUAUAUACGACUUAAUCGAUGAAGGGAAUAAAGCCAGAACCGUGGCAGCAACAAACAUGAACGAGACGUCGUCUCGCUCGCACGCUGUAUUCACUAUCUUCUUCACACAGCAGCGGCAUGAUAAGACUACCAAUCUAGUCUCAGAAAAGGUAUCAAAAAUCUCGCUAGUCGAUCUAGCUGGUUCUGAACGAGCUGACUCUACGGGCGCGAAGGGAACUCGCCUGAAGGAAGGAGCCAAUAUUAAUAAGUCGCUCACUACAUUGGGAAAAGUCAUAUCGGCUCUUGCUGAGAUCUCGGCAUCAAAGAGCAAGAAAUCAAAGAAAGCGGACUUCAUUCCGUACCGUGACUCGGUGCUCACUUGGUUACUAAGGGAGAACCUAGGCGGCAACUCGAAGACGGCCAUGAUAGCGGCCAUAUCGCCAGCUGAUAUCAACUACGACGAGACGCUCAGUACAUUGAGAUACGCCGACCGCGCCAAACAAAUCGUGUGCAAGGCGGUGGUCAACGAGGACGCGAACGCGAAACUCAUCCGCGAACUCAAAGAGGAAAUCCUCAAACUGCGCGAGUUGCUCAAGGCAGAGGGGAUCGAAGUUGAAGAGGGACCCGAUGGUAGAGUCGUUUACGAAAAGAAAGAGACCAGAGAGCCAUCGCCGAUACGCAAGAAGAGUGAUGAGGAAGCGAUGUCGCCGAAGCUGUCCCGCGCGGCCACCACCAUCGCUGAGGAGGCCGUGGACCAGUUGCAGGCGUCGGAGAAACUGAUUGCCGAAUUAAACGAGACCUGGGAGGAGAAACUAAAACGCACCGAGCAAAUCCGCGUGCAACGCGAAGCUGUGUUCGCCGAGAUGGGGCUCGCUGUCAAGGAAGGCAUCACCGUCGGAGUGUAUUCGCCUAAGAAAACACCACACUUGGUCAAUUUGAACGAGGACCCUAAUCUAUCUGAGUGCCUCAUUUAUUAUAUCAAGGAUGGUGUAACUCGCGUCGGCACCGCGGAAGCGAACGUGCCCCAGGACAUCCAGCUGUCCGGCUCGCAUAUAGUCAGCGAGCACUGCAUCUUCGAGAAUACGGACGGCGUCAUCUGCCUCAUACCGCACCGCGGCGCGCUGGUUUACGUCAACGGCCGGGAGGUGAACGAGCCGAUAAUCCUGAAGACGGGAUCCCGGGUGAUCCUGGGCAAGAACCACGUGUUCCGCUUCACGCAUCCCGGUCAGCCGCGGGAGGAGCCGCUCAACAAACUCAUCACAGACACUACUGACACUGAAGUGCCAGAGAAAGAAAGCGCAACCGAAAAUGUGGACUGGGACUUCGCGCAAUGCGAGCUCUUGGAGAAACAGGGCAUCGAUCUCAAACAGGAGAUGCAGAAGAGACUGUGCGCGCUCGAAGAGCAGUUCCGCAAAGAGAAAGAGCACGCCGAUCAGCAGUUCGAGGAGCAGAGGAAGAACUACGAGGCGCGCAUCGACGCGCUGCAACGCCAAGUGGAGGAGCAGAGCGUCACCAUGUCCAUGUACAGCUCUUACACACCAGAAGACUUCCACAACGAUGAGGAUAUCUUUGUAAACCCACUAUUUGAGACGGAAUGCUGGUCAGCUCGCGAAGUGGGUCUGGCGGCGUGGGCCUUCCGCAAGUGGAAGUACCACCAGUUCACCUCGCUACGUGACGAUUUGUGGGGAAAUGCUAUCUUCCUCAAGGAAGCGAACGCGAUAUCCGUGGAGCUGCGCAAGAAGGUCCAGUUCCAGUUCACGCUGCUGACGGACACGCCGUACUCGCCGCUGCCGGGCGAGCUGGCGCCGCGCGACGACGCCGACGACGAGUACCGGCCCAGCGCGCCCACCGUCGUCGCCGUCGAGGUCACCGACACCAAGAACGGCGCCACGCACUACUGGACGCUCGAGAAGUUGCGCCAUCGGCUGGAGCUGAUGCGCCAGAUAUACAACAUGAGCGAGGGCGCGGGCGGCGAGGAGGAGGAGCGGCCGGCCAGCCCGCCCGCGCGCGCCGACGCCGACCUGCUGCAGUGCCUCUCCGCCGCCGCGCACCACACGCGCCUCUCGCUCGCCAACUUGUUACCCUCGAGGCAACGUUUGGAGUUGAUGCGCGAGAUGUAUCACAACGAAGCCGAACUGUCACCAACUUCACCAGAUCACAACAUCGAGUCGGUGACUGGUGGUGACCCAUUCUACGACCGAUUCCCAUGGUUCCGUUUAGUUGGACGGAGCUUUGUCUACCUUUCGAACCUCCUGUACCCGGUUCCCCUCAUUCACAAGGUGGCUAUAGUGAACGAAAAAGGAGACGUGAAGGGCUACUUGCGUGUAGCCGUACAGGCGGUUGUCGACGCUGAGAAAAAUAACUCAGAAUUCGUAGCGGGUGUGAAGCAGUCCGCAAAAAUUUCAUUCGAUGACGACAUCGUGCCCACUCGGUCACGAUUGAAGACCUUAUCCACUGUGGAGAAAAAUAAUGCGAUGAAUCUUGAAGAUCGACCUGAACAAGAUUCGAAUAUCAAAAUUGAAGCAGAACUAGCGGCGGCGGAGUGCGACGCGGACAGCGGGCGCGGCGACAGCUCGCUGGCGUCCGAGCUGAAGGAGGAGGAGCUGCCCGAGCACCUGGCGCCCGGCCGCGAGUUCACCUUCCGCGUCACCGUGCUGCAGGCGCACAGCGUCGCCACCGACUACGCCGACGUCUUCUGCCAGUUCAAUUUCCUGCAUCGCAACGAAGACGCGUUCUCAACAGAGCCAGUUAAGAACGCCGGCAAGAAUACGCCCCUCGGCUUUUAUCAUGUGCAAAAUAUAACCGUGCCAGUAACGAAAUCUUUCGUGGAAUAUAUCAAGACCCAACCAAUUGUAUUCGAAGUGUUUGGACAUUACCAGCAACAUCCAUUACACAAGGACGCGAAGCAAGACGGGCCCGCAGCGGGGCGCACGCCGCCGCGGCGCAUGCUGCCCCCGUCGAUCCCCAUCUCGGCGCCCGUGCGCAGCCCCAAGUGGGGCGCGGCCAGCGUGGCGCCGCCCUGCUGCUCCUCGCACCUGCACUCCAAGCACGACCUGCUCGUCUGGUUCGAGAUCUGCGAGCUCGCGCCCAGCGGCGACUACGUGCCCGCGGUAUUUGAGCACAGCGACGAGUUGCCAUGCCGAGGCCUGUUCCUCCUUCACCAGGGCAUACAGCGGCGCAUCCGCAUCACCAUCCUGCACGAGCCCUCCUCCGACUUGCAGUGGACUGACGUUAGAGAGCUAGUCAUUGGUCGUAUCCGCAACACACCCGAGGCGAAUGAAGACACCACGGACGGUGAUGAAGACGGUGCCUUGUCUCUUGGCCUCUUCCCUGGAGAAAGACCUAAUCUCGACGAUCGAGCCGUCUUUAGGUUUGAAGCGGCGUGGGACAGCAGCUUGCACGGGUCGCCGCUACUCAACCGGGUCAGCGCUAACGGCGAAGUCGUAUACAUCACGCUCAGCGCUUAUCUAGAGAUCGAGAACUGCGGGCGGCCGGCCAUAGUGACGAAGGACCUGUCGGUGGUGGUGGUGGGGCGCGAGGCGCGCACGGGCCGCUCGCUGCGCCGCGCGCUCUUCGGCUCCAAGGCGGCGCGCGCCGACCGCCUCACCGGCGUCUACGAGCUCAGCCUGCACCGCGCGCUCGAGCCGGGAGUACAACGAAGACAACGCCGGGUGCUGGACACGAGCGGCACGUACGUGCGCGGCGAGGAGAACCUGCACGGCUGGCGGCCGCGCGGCGACUCGCUCAUCUUCGACCACCAGAAACGCAUUUGGCGCAAAGUGAUCUAUGAUUGGCCGCUGGCAGUUAUCGAUAGAUUUCAGUGGGAAUUGGAGAAAAUGACCCGCCUCGAACAAGUGGGUCGCACGCGGCACUUCCUCGCGCUGCGCGAGCGCUUGCGGCACGGACACGAGAAUACCAUUGCUCCGAAUGACUUCACUAAAACCGAAAAGGAGGUGUGCAACAUGGCGGCCAAGGCGGCGUCCGAGAGCGCGCACGAGCCGCCCGAGCGCUGGGACAUGACGCCGCGCGAGCGCGAGCUGGCCACCAAGUUCGUCAAGCUCAUACAGGGAAGGAUAGGCUCGAACAAGGAGGUGGAGACAGCCGUGUCGCCGGCCACGCCGGUGGACGAGGGCGUGUCCGCCGACAUCUCCACGCCCAGCCUGCUGUCCUCCAUACACAGCGCUAGCAGCUUCGAGCUGUGUUCCCCCGAACGCGCGCUACUCGAAAAAUCCAUGUCCGGGUGGGGCUGCGGCCUCGGCGCGGGCGGCGCCCCAGGGGCCCUCGUGGGGCCCGGCAGCGGGGCCCUGUACGUGCCCGAGUGUGAGGAGGUGCGCGUGUCGGCGGCCGUCGCGCGCCGCGGGUACCUCAACGUGCUGCAGCACGGCACGCACGGCUGGAAGAAGCGAUGGCUGGUGGUGCGGCGGCCGUACGUGUUCAUGUACCGCGACGAGCGCGACCCGAUCGAGCGCGCGCUCAUCAACCUCGCCAACGCGCACGUCGAGUACUCGGAGGACCAGGAGCAGAUGGUGCGCAUGCCCAACACCUUCAGUGUGGUGAGCAAGGAGCGCGGCUACUUGCUGCAGACGCUGGGCGACAAGGAGGUGCACGACUGGCUCUACGCCAUCAAUCCUCUGCUGGCGGGGCAGAUAAGGUGUGCGCGCACAGGUCGCGGUCCGCCCGGCGCGGCGCGGGCGGGCCCGGCGCCGGCGGGGCCCCAACGGGCGCUGGGGGCCCCGCGGGCUCCGCACCCGCCGGGGGCCCCGUCCUGCCCGGGGAUAAGGGGCUGCAAACGCUCGCCGCAUGAGACACCCUCACAAUGGAGUCUAUCCUCGUUUUUUAAAUGCGUCGCCGACGGUAGGGUCUACGCGCACAGACCGGUCCGCGCCGUGCGCUCCGCUAGAUAUUGAAACCGGCUCACGCUCAGCGAGCCCGCUUUGGUUCGCUGCGACCGCCGCCUGGGAGAGAGGAUCGUAGAAUCGCAUCAUU